AUGAGUAAGCUGGAGGUUAUGGAUCUUGAGAGAUCGGUUUACAAAGUAAAUAUUUGCUGCUUGGGCUGUAAGGCGAAAGUUAAGAAAGCGUUGAAAAUUGAAGGUGUGUACAACAGCUUUAUAGAUGCAGAUCAGGGGAUGGUGACUGUGAUUGGGAAUUUUGAUCCAAUCAGAUUCAUUAAGAAACUUAAAAAAGAAGGCAAACAUGCCGAGCUUAUGGUUGUUCAAAGGGUUUCAAACAACAACCAAGCUCAGCUCAACAAUCAGAUGCCUGCUGGGAAAGGUGGAAAAGACAACAAAUCUCAGAAGCCAAAGGGUGGCCAACAACAACAACAAGCAGCACAGCAACAGCAGCAGCAGCAGCAGCAGCAGCAGCAAUUCAAAGGGGGUAAAGCCAUGAAAAUGCCUCCUCCCAAGGACCAGAAAUCUGUGAAAUUCAAUUUGCCAGAGGAUGAAUUUGGUGGGAGUGAUGGUGAGUUUGAUGAUGAAUAUGACAGUGAGUUUGAUGAUGAGGAAUUUGAUGAGUUUGGUGAUGAAGAUUAUGAUGAUGAUGAUGAUGAACAAGAGUUUGGGCAUGGCCAUGGCCAUGGCCAUCACCAGCAGCAGCAACCCAAUAAGAUGAUGCCAGGUAUGAUGGGUCCACAAGGGCCUUAUGGGAAGAUGAUGCCAACCAUGGGAAAUGGCCAUGGGCCACAUGGGCCUGCUGGAAUGAUCAAUAUGCAUGCUAUGAAUGAGAAAAAAUUAGGUGGUGGUGGGGGGGGAGGCUCUGCCAAGAAAGGCGGGGUUAUUGAAUUUCCUGUGCAAUUGAAGGGCAAGAGUGAAAAUAAUGAAAAGAAGAAUGGCAAGGAUGGAAAGAAAGGGGGUGGAAAUGGCAAAGGAGGGGAGAAAAAGAAAGGAGAAAAAGAAAAAGAAGAGUGCAAGAGUGGAGGUGGCUUGGUGGGUUGGCUUAAAAGAAGUACUAGUAUAGGAAGGGGUGGUUCCAAAGGAAGUGGUGAUGGGAAAAACAAUGGCAAGGGCAAUGGAGGGAAAAAGGGUGGAGGCAAACAUGAUGGGGCCCGUGAACUUAAGAAGGGGAAAAAUGAUUAUCAUGAAAUUGAUGUGGUGCUCAAUCAUGGCAAGGGAGGGAAAGGGGGCAAAGAAAUCAAAGAAGGCAAAGAGGGGAAGGGAAACACUGGAGGCAAAGGAGGCGGCAAAGGAGGAGGCAAUGGAGGAGAUAUGCAUCAAAUUCAAAUGGGCCAAAAGGGCCAGAUGGUUCCAAUUGGGCAGAUGGGUCAAAUGGGCCAGAGGGGUCCAAUGGGUAAUUAUCCAAUGGGGCAGAUGGGUAAUGCUCCAGCAGUUCAAGGAUUGCCUACACCAUCGAUGAUGAACGGUGGAUAUUAUCAAGGGAUGGGGCCUGCUGGAAACCCUUAUAACCAGCAGCAGCAGCAGCAGCUCCAGCAACUACAGCAGCAGCAGCAGAUGCAGCUGCAGCAACAACAAUACAUGGCCAUGAUGAUGAACCAACAGAGAGGCAAUGGCAAUGGCAAUGGCAAUGGCAUGUACCAGCCCAUGAUGUAUGCCCGGCCACAUGCCCCCAUGAACUUCAUGCCUCCUCAGCAAAUGCCAUCUUCAAAUGAUCCUUACUCCAACUAUUUCAGUGAUGAGAAUCCUAAUGGGUGCUAUCUUAUGUGA